AGGCUGCAAAAUGUAUGACCUGGACGACACAACCACGGGAUUCCACGACGCGCUGAACAAAUAUAGCACCCCAAUGUCGGAUCUCUACAUCACCGACUCGAUGCAGGACAUGCUCGACAUUGACAUCAAAUCGGAGGUGACCACAGUGGUGGGUGGCGUGAAUGAGUUCGUGUCGCUGAUGAACUACGAUCUGCCCUCGCUCGAGCUGGACUCAAGCUCACUAGAUGGCGACAGCUUCUUCAGCAGCACUCUCGGCAUGGCCAGUAACGAUCUCUACCCGGACGUUGGUACCUGCGCCAACCCCAACUACGUGAUGCCCGUCCUAUCGUCCACCGCGGUACCGUUUACCAACGGUAGCGUUCUAUCGGCCACCACCUCAUCGUCCUCCACGUUGAAUGCGCUGGUAGUCGCCCAAUCGCUGCUCAAGUCACCGAAGCAAAACAUUAACCUCAACACAACGGUACACGGUGGGGCGGGUUCGAAUCCUACACUACCGAGCCCGAAGGAACGGAAAAGUCAUCUCACCUUUUCACCCAACACGAUCAAAGUGGCAACGGUACAGGAACCGAAGAAGAUAUCCAGCCUGGCACAGAUCACUCGCGUAAGUGCCGGUGGUGGUAACAUCUCCUGUACGUCACUUGCUCCUUCAACCCCCUUGGAUAACGUGCGCAAGGAUCUGAGCUCACAGAUGACGACGGUGAAGGAGGAAACGAUCAUCGUCCGAAAUGGAGGUGUGAUGAAGAGUGCUAGCGAUCAUUUUAUCUCCAGCAGCAAUAAUGUGACAAUCGGUGAAACGACGGUAGUCCACCGAACGUCUUCAUCCGGAUCGCCAGGGCUUGGUGUUGGGCUUGGUAAGGGAAAUACCGUCAAAUUGGCUCACGGUAUCGGUGCGCUCACGUUUGCCAACAGCGUACAGUACAAGAACGUAAAGAGCGUGCAGAAGGUUAGCAACGGGAUGGGACUUGGCAAUGGUGGAGCAUCCAGCCCGAAAGCUUUUAACCGUAGCCUGAUCAUGGAACAGUCCGGGUCCGCCGGUAAGCCUUCCAGCGGCAUGGUCACCAUAACGCACGGUAGCAACGGAUCGCCAACGACAAUGGUUGCCAGACAUAUCCAGCGAGCAAUGACACCGACCGGAACGAAACAGAAGCCAGCAAAGGGAGUUGCUACACCACUGGGAGGAGAGAGUGAGUUCCCCAAGCCCGCGUACUCCUACUCAUGCCUGAUUGCGAUGGCAUUGAAAAAUUCGCGCUCCGGUUCGCUGCCCGUGUCGGAGAUCUAUAGCUUCAUGUGCGAACACUUCCCGUACUUCAAGACGGCACCGACCGGCUGGAAAAACUCCGUCCGACACAAUCUCUCCCUGAACAAAUGUUUCGAGAAGAUCGAAAAACCGGCCGUAAAUGGAGGCCAGCGUAAGGGUUGCCUGUGGGCGAUGAACCCGGCAAAAAUCGUUAAGAUGGACGAAGAGGUACAAAAGUGGUCCCGCAAGGAUCCGCUAGCCAUUCGACGUGCGAUGGUACAUCCCGAACAUCUGGAAGCGCUCGAACGGGGCGAGAUGAAGCAUGGAUCCACAGGGGAGGAGGAUUUGGAUGUGGAAGAGGAUCUCGAAAGCGACGGUGGUCCGUCGGACAUGGAUGCGGAAGAGGUGGACGAGGAGGCUGUGGAUGCGGAAGAGGAAGAGGAGGAUGAAGAGGGCGGCGAGGAGGAAGAUGAGAGUGAUGAUGUGGAGUUGAUCGAACCGCAGCACGAAACGAUCGAUGUGGAAGCGGAAAGCUUUAUUAUCAACACGCCAGAAUCGUUAAUCGAUGGUGAUGAGGAUGGUGGCGAUCCGGGUGACUUCGAGCUAGAGGUUCCGGAGUUUUAUGAAAACAUCAACGUCGAUUCGAAGGACAGUACGCUUGCGCUCGAGUUCACCCAACAGGAUCUUCUCUCGUUGGAAGAUGAAGAUGAAUCGCUAUACAUUAAUCAACUGCAGCAACAGUCCCGGCUUGGUGGGACGAUCAAUGUAUCCCAGCAGCAGCAACUUCAACAGCAGCAAACACAACUGUUGCAACAAACGCAACUUCUAAACCAUCAUCAUCAUCACAAUCACCGGCAGCAAUUGCAGCAACAGCAACCGCCAGCGAAACGUGCCCGGCUUGACGUUAACUACACCAUUUCUCCAUCCGCGAAUGGUAACGGUGCGAGCUUGGUGAACGUCAUCUCUAGCCGGCAACCGACGAUAGUGCAGGGCAGUGGCAACAAUUCCGUCACCGUAACACCCGUCAACGGUGGCACCGUAAUGGGGUUAAGCUUUCAGCAACACUUUCAACAACAGCAACUAAGGCAACAGCAACAGGGAACGAUCCGGCGAAAGGUACCGAUCAUAACAAGGUUGGCUUAA